UUAUAAACUCGAUGGAUGAAUUGUCGGUGAACGAUUGAAGAUUAAUUGAUAUAAUUAACGGUUUAAUCGCUCGUCUGUAAUAAUAAUUUGAGGCUAAUUCUUCUGUGGAUGAAGAGGAAUUUCUGAAGGGUUUAUGUAAUUAUCAUUUGUCGUGGAUUUUCGAGAUUCCGAUGUUAUGAUUUGUGGCAGAUGUUUUUUUUCAGCAAUUCGCUGUUUAUCAGAAACAUCGAACAUUCAAAGUGCACUUAAAAGACCUGGGGUCUAUCGUGCGACGUUUUUAUCAGCUGAGAGCAAAAGAGUGGUUGUCGUGCCAUUCCUAGCGAUGGCUUCAGGGUCGCCCCCAGGACGCAAUAAACUCGCCCUGGAGAAGUCCCCAUAUCUUCUCCAGCACGCGUCGAAUCCAGUGGACUGGUACCCAUGGUGUGACGAGGCCCUGGAGAAGGCUCGUCAGGAGGACAAACUGAUUUUCCUGUCGGUUGGUUACUCGACGUGUCACUGGUGCCACGUGAUGGAACGUGAAUCCUUCGAAAACGAAUCGACAGCACAAAUUCUGAACCAACACUUCGUCAGCAUUAAAGUUGACAGAGAGGAACGUCCAGACCUGGACAAGAUCUACAUGUCAUUCAUCGAAUACAUGAGCGGUCACGGGGGCUGGCCCAUAAGUAUCUUCCUCACCCCGACAUUGAUACCAGUGAUAGGUGGAACGUAUUUUCCUCCAGAGGACAAAUUCGGGAGGCCAAGUUUUAAGACAGUUCUUCUGAUGGUCGCUAACAUGUGGCUGGAGAACAAGCAGCAGCUCAUCCGCGAAGGCUCGGAGAUACUGAAGAAAAUCGAGAAGUCCAACGAGGGAGAGAGAGAAUCCUUGAACCCUGUGGAUUGCGCCAACAAAUGCCUCCGAAUGCUAAUAUCUGCUUUUGAUCCAGAGUUCGGUGGCUUCAACGGUGGUCCUAAAUUUCCCCGGCCCUCUGAUCUCGAUUUUUUAUUUCAUAUGUACGCCCGAGAUCCCAAUGGCGUCCUUGGGAAAAAAUGCCUCGACAUGUGCACCACAACUCUGACGAAAAUUGCCAAUGGAGGAAUCCACGAUCACGUCGGUCAGGGCUUCUGCAGAUACGCAGUGGACGACAAAUGGCACGUGCCUCAUUUCGAGAAAAUGCUCUAUGACCAGGGGCGGCUGUUGAAAACCUACGCAACCGCUUUUUUAGCGACGAAGGACGAGUUCUACUCGGAAGUCGUGGAGGACAUCGUGACAUACGUCACCAGAGACCUCAGACAUAAGGACGGAGGGUACUACACCGCAGAAGAUGCGGAUUCCUUGCCGUCACCAGGUUCCAAGGAGAAAAAGGAAGGAGCAUUUUACGUCUGGACGUUCCAGGAGAUCUCCGACCUUCUGACGAAGAGAAUAAAAGGAGAGCUGUCUCUCAAGGACAUUUACUCGUACCACUACGGGGUUAAGCAAGACAGCAAUGUCCAGGUGCAUCCCCACCUCCACAACGAGUUCGCUGGAAAGAACGUUCUGAUUGUUUAUGGAAGUCUGGAGGAAACAGCUGAGCACUUUGAGAUGGGAGUGGAUGAGGUGAGGGAGUAUCUGAAAGAAGCCAAUGGGAUUCUGUUCCAGGAGAGGCUCUCGAGGCCGAGACCCCAACUCGAUGACAAAAUCAUCACUGCCUGGAAUGGACUGAUGAUGAGUGGACUCGCUUCUGCUGGAGCUGCCACAAGCAGAAAGGAAUACAUUCAAAAAGCUGUGGAGACUGCUCAAUUCAUCGAGAGGUAUCUGAUGAAUGAGGAAAAGACAGUUCUCUUCAGGUGUUGCUACAGGGGGGAAAACGAUGUUAUCAUUCAGCCAGGAGUGCCCAUCUGUGGAUUCCAUUCGGAUUAUGCCUUUGUCGUCCAGGGGCUUAUUGAUCUCUAUGGAGCGACAUUUGAUCCACACUGGCUUGAACUAGCUGAGAAACUCCAGGAUAUCCAGGAUGAAUUCUUCUGGGAUUCUCAGGUCGGCGGGUACUUCAAUACCACCAACGAGGAAAAGGACAUAGUCCUGAGGCUCAAGGAUUCCAGCGAUGGGUCUGAGCCUUCGAGCAAUUCAGUAGCUGCUAAUAAUUUAUUGCGUCUAGCUGCUCUAUUGGAUCGGUCUGAUUACCAGGAAAAAGCGAGGAAGAUAUUCGAGUAUUUCUCAGUGACUCUGGGGAAAAUUCCAGUGUAUGCAUCCGAACUUGUCAGCGCUUUAUUAAAUUCUCAUGAUGCUGCCACUCAAUUGUACAUUGCAGGGAAAAGAGGUGCUCCAGACACAGAGGCUUUUCUGGAUAUAAUCCGUGAUCGUUUGAUUCCUUCGAAAGUUCUGCUACUAAUUGAUCCAGACGAUUCUGACUCCAUCGUAGCCAGGAAGAAUGAACUCGCUCGAAAAAUGAAAUCACACAAUGGAAGAGCUACUAUAUACGUCUGUCGUCAUCGGACCUGUUCUCUUCCAAUUGUGGAGCCCAAGCAGCUCAAGGAACUCCUCGACUCUUCCAACUGAAUAGAAAAAUCACGUGGGAAAAAGUCACUAGUCAACAAAUAAAAUUUUGUUGGAAUUCUGUUAAAGCUCUCAAUUACUCUCAUUGAAAUUCUCAGAGAUGAGAGAAAAUCAAUAAAUCGACAAUAUGAAGGUACACGUGUACUAUUUAUCGAAGGUAAUUUUUAGUUUGAAUUUUAUGUUGUUAGUGUAAACAUAAAAAUCAGCACUUAAACCAAUAGAAUUUCAACGAGAAUUUGGGA